UGUGUACUGUGUAGUAUAACUUGUGAGGCUUUGGCGGUGUGGUGAGGUUAGCCUGAAAGCGUGGUGUACCCGCUAGCUAUUAUUGUUAUUAGAAUUUGCCGUUCGCCAUGAAAUUCUGAGCCACUGUUAGAUUUCGUGGAGACACUAACGUGCGAUAAUGGAUAUUCCGUCUUUGCCGGAUGGGGUAUCAGUUUAUUCUGCGUUCAUAGCACUGCACAGAAUCCAGCUUGAAUCGUCUGCUGUACCAGAUCGUUACUGGAAAACGCUGUGCAGAAAACUAUACCAUCAAAUAUUUGACGCAGGGAAUACUUUUUCUGUUGCACGGAUUGAAUAUGACGAGGACGACGAAAGUGGUGAUUAUGUUAACACUUACAGACCACAGCAUCGUGUUUUCAUAUCGUGUGAAGCCGGGGUGGAUGCUUCAGACCCACAGCAUAUCUAUCUGAUUGAUCAUGCAUGGACGUACCGUGUUGAUUCCGCGAGGCAGAAUUUGAGAAGUAUACCGGCUUUGCUUGAUCGUAUGGCUCACUUGAUGGGUGUUCAGGAAUCCGCGGAUGAGCAUUCAGAGGUUCUGAUCAACAAGGUCUUCGACGAAAUGUGGAAAUUCAACCAAACAUACUCGGUUCCUUCACGGGAUGACAUUGAAGAAAGCAUGCCAGUUUGGUAUGUGAUGGACGAGUUUGGUUCUGCAAUCCCGCACUCUGAUAAUCCGACGUUUAGGACUGUGCCAUUUAUUUUCCUACCCGACCAGAUCACGUACACACUGUUAUUUCCUAUUGAAAAUGUGGAUUAUGGCGAAGAAGUAACAAGAGACUACAUUGAAAGUUCUCGAUACGAUUCCAAAACUAGAGAUGCACUUCUAAUUCCAUGGGUGCCAAAAUCAUUUCUUUCAGAACCUUUCCAACAUUCAGAACCAGAUAGUUCGUAUUUCUUGCAAGGGCAUACGGCAGAAACAUUACCAAACGCAUCAAAAAUUGCGACAGUCAGUGUCACUUCAAAGGAUAAGAUACUAGUUUUUUCUCAGUAUGCUUAUGUUAAUGAUUAUCUCACGCAUCCUAAAUUUGAAAUAACCAACGACGAGGAAAAUGCAGACAUCCUGUGGUAUACUCAACAUUUCAAAGACUUCAAGGAAUUCAGUCAAUCGUGUUCUGAAAAAUUUGUAAAUCAAUUUCCAUUUGAACACGUAAUAACAGUUAAAGACCUCCUUGCCAUUGUGUGUCGUCGGGCGGCAAAGGAAAGUGGCAGUGUUUGCAAAGACACACUAGUAACGUACCCAGUUUGGCUACCAACUACAUACAACUUAAAGACAGAGCUACCUAAAUUUGUGUCUUACUAUCAGCACAGGGCAGAGAAGGGUCUAGAUAACCAUUGGAUAUGCAAACCAUUUAAUCUUGCGAGAGGUUUGGACACACACAUUACAGAUAAUUUGAACUAUAUCUUAAGACUUCCAUUAAGUGGACCAAAAAUAGCACAGAAGUACGUUGAGGAUCCUAUACUUUUUCAAAGACCCGAUUGUGGAGCUGUGAAAUUUGAUUUAAGAUAUGUUCUAUUAGUCAAGAGUAUAAAACCAUUAUCAGCAUUUGUAUAUCGAAAUUUUUUCUUGAGAUUUGCAAACAAACCAUUUGAUUUAAAUAAUUUGGAUGACUAUGAGAAACACUUCACUGUUAUGAAUUACAAUGAAAAUGCAACACACUAUCGAAUGCUGUGUGAUGAUUUUGUUGUGAAAUUUGAGCAACAGUAUCCUAGUGUAUCCUGGAAAGAAAUAGAAGAAAAAAUAUUUUCCUUAUUUAGAGAAAUGCUCAGUGCAGCAUCAAGUAAAAUGCCCCCUGCUGGAAUAGCAUAUAGCCCCCAGUCGAGGGCUGUGUAUGCAGCAGACCUUAUGUUGGCUUGGCAGACAGAUUCCAAUGAUAGAAAAUCCAUGCAGCCAAAGCUACUGGAGGUGAAUUGGACACCUGACUGCAAAAGAGCUUGUGAAUACUAUCCUGAUUUUUAUAAUGAUAUUUUUUCUGUGCUUUUCUUGGAUGAUGUUAAUGAGAGAAAAUUUGCAUGCUUGAAAUGACACAUGCUAAGAAAUAUUUCAGAAAUUAAAUCACAUACCCCAGUUCAAAUUAAAUUGUUAACAGUGAUAUUUUUGAAUGUAGCCUACAUGUCUUGACAUUUCAUCAGAAUUGUCAGAUAAUGAGUUUAGUCUGGAAGCUCAGGCCAUCCCUUGGUCAGUCCAAGAUUUUUUUUUUUUUUGUCCUGGCACGACUCACUUCAUACUUUUAUAGUCUAGUGUGUUCAUAUGCUGUAUUGGAAGUAAUCCUGUAAUUAAUUGGAUGUGCUUAUUUUGACAGAAGAGAGAAGCAGGUAUGGAAUGAGACAUCGGCUAAUAAAAACUACCGUUGUUGAAACCAACCUUCAGGUCAAUGAUAAUUUUAACCUUUUUUAUGUAAAUAGUCUGUACAUUGAAAUAGUGCUUGAAGAUGUGAAUAUGUAACCUGAGUCCUCUAUAUUUUUGUAUUCAUACUAAAUCAGGUCUCUCUUCACCAUGUCAUGACAUACUGUGAAGGAAACUGUAAGGCAUAGGCCUACAGUUUUAUACAUAAUACCCACUGAAAUACCUGUGGAAGAUUUCUUCAUUAUGUAAUACAACAUUUUGCUUCCACUUUUAGUUGUUUAUAAUAACCAUGAUAAUAAUAUUAAAUUCAGAGAGAAUGUUGGCAACAAUGGACUGUUUCUGAAAUUAGAAAUGACCUAACCAGUCUCAAAGCAGGGUAAACAUGUCAUCCGAAUGACAUGUAUUCAGUGUGGAGCAAGUGUUGCACGUGACAAGCAAAGACACCUUUGUUCUUGCUACAGGUCAUUUUGCUACCAACACCUUCAAUUCACAUUCACAUUUUUUUGGUUUCACCAAUUCAUAACUAAAUUGUCACUUUACACCUUCACGUAGACAAAUGGCCAUCCACAGCAGAUACUUCGCUCACCUCAUCCAAGAUUGAGGAAAGGUGGUGGAGUGGUUAUGUACUACCUCAUUUGAACCAAAUUUUCUUUACCACUAGCUUCUCCUCCCUCGAGGCACUGUUUGCACCAAUUUUAGAAACACCACUGAUUGCACAGUUUGUUUCAGACUAUUGAAUGCACUAUCAGUUUUAAACAUAAUUAACUCACUCUGGUAUAACUUCAAACUGUGGAUAUUUUUUGUAAACUCCUGAGAGCCUUGACAUCUGCUCUAGUAGAGGCUGUCUCAUAAUACAGAUUUUGAUUGUUUGCACUAUACAGGCAGCUUGCCGUCAUUUAUUGGCCUGUGAGGUGUGUGUGUUCUUUCUGCUUUUGUAGUUUCUCUGCCUCUUAACUUUAAGAAAAGAUUUUCUGUGUUGAUUUGUUAUUUUAAGAUUACUUAAAUUUCCUUAGAAUGUGCUACUUGGAGAAUUGCAGUCAGAGUCCACAUUAAAUUGUCUCCCCCUAUAACUAGCAGUGUUCAAACCAACAUCUUUACAUCAAAACUUUUAAUCAACAACUAGGUUGUUAUUACAGCCAUUCUGUGGUGUAUCUUUCCUCACGUGGACGAGAGACCAGCAAUGUAUGCAAGAAUGUCCGUGAAGACAUAGGAGAGAGGUCUUGAUAGAAUAGAGCUUCGGUACUGGUAGACAGAGGUGUACUGUUGUUUUCUGAGAUGCUGCUAUGUUGUCUUGCUAAAGGCGUAAUCCAGGUUUCUGUAAAAUUCUGACUUAAAAUUUUAAUCUGUUAGAGAGGCUUGUUGCAGGAUCCACUAUGCUUCACAGUGGGAGCCUCCUUAUUUCUCACUGUAAUUUUUGAUUCAGCUGUCAUCAACUCUCAUAUGCCAGAGAAGUGUUUUACUUCUGUAACAUAACUUUAAAACAAAUCUCAGGACGGCAGUCAUGCAACAUUAGAAACUGUGCUUUGAACCAAACGAAUGAAAAAUAAAAAGUAAUAUAUGCACACACGAUUCAAAUGAACAACUUGAAAAGUUCACAUGAAAAUUAAGUAGUUCAGUCAUUACUUGUCGGGAAGAAUACCACCACCACCAUCUGUGUGACCACAGAGUUGCAUGUUUCAGUUUCACCAAAGGUGUGUCCACCACAGGAUCACUGAAGUAUCAGUAAGAAUGAAAACUAUAUUCUCGGUUAAGAUGAUUUUGUGCUUUCUAAACACGCACUAAGUACUUUUUUUAAUCUUAGUAAGCUACAUUUACAUUUGUAAUAAGACAUGAGAUAAGGAAAAGGGUGCCAUGAGGCAAGCACAGAAAAAAUAUAUAAAGUUAAGGACAGUGUGUUCUUUUAACAGCUGGAAACUGUGAGCCAAUACCUUGAAAAAAAUAAAAAAGUUACUCAAAUCUAUGUGAUAAAUAUUAUUUUUGUAAGAAGCUCUGUGAAGAGUCAAUUGAAAUAUUUUAUUGUGUUCAUAUGGAUCCUUGGUGCUAGCAACAUUCUCAUUGUUUGGCACUUCCUGUGCACUCUCCUUUUUUUGUCUGUUUGUAAUUAAUGUGCUAGCAUUAAUGUUGUCAUGGCUGCUGGUGCUACACUGCUUGUGUUUUUUCUUUGGUACUCCAAAAAAUAAUUUAAUUUGACAUGUAUGUUGUGUGAUGUACUUUAGUUUAAAUACGUAUUAACUUAUGCUGGGUCACCAGAAUUAAUAAAUAUGGUCUUUGGAUAACAGUUGUAAGUAUGGUGUACUUAAUGUUGUCUGAGGUGUUCUGAAUGACCACUGCCAGUUGCAGUUGACAUCCAGUGGGUACAGUUUCUAUGAGGAAUGUACACACACAAUUUUUGUAUGGCAUGGUAUCUAGUGCAAGAUUUUAUAAGUUAUUUAUUGUUUAAUAUUUGAUGGUUGGCACAAUGUUUUCCUGCAAUACAAUACAUUACCAUUAUUAAUAAGACAAGCAUUUCCUUAUUUCUCUGGCACACAUUAGAUAAAGAAGAGUAACACCUUGCUGUAGCACAGUGGGGGAGACUUAAACAUUGGCACUACAAAUAAAUUUGUGGCAACUAACAUUUUACUAAAAAAGGUGCCUCAACAGGCAAAUUGAAAAGAUCAGUAAAAUGUUCAUUGCCAUUGCACAUUAUCAUUUUGUAUGUGUUCUGCCAACCCUUAGUUGCAGUUAUAUUAUUAUUCAUGGAGAUGUUUCAUCUUCACAACUAAAUAAAAGUCUGUUUGUUUUGUGUCAUA